AUGAGCGCUGAUAUGGAGAUUGAUUCUCCUCAUUACACUAGCGCUGCUUGUCUCCAGGAUUCGAAUUCCGCUAAACUUUCUGACUCUCCAUCUUCGUCUUCUACAAUGGCAGAACUAAUGGGUUCCCCUUUGUUCAAUGCCUCUCUUAAACUGAAGCGUUCUAGAUCGUCUAUGUUGGGUCAUCAUCGCUCUAACUCUUCUUUGAAGAGACAGCCUCAUACUUUGGCUGUGCUUCCAUUCACUGACCUCGAAGAUAAAGAAAACUAUUCUACCUGUUUCAAUCAAAGCCAAAUCUUCGGAAAGCUUUCAACCAUCAACCAACCUAAUGCUUCAACAUUGAGUCCCACUGCUAUCGCUUCAAUUGCUCCUGCAGUUCCUGUGGUCGCGAUGAUUCCUGUGGGCCCUGUGGCCCCGGUGGCUUCUGUAGCUCCAAGUUCUUCCACCUUCCGCAAGCAUGUUAGGAAAAGAUCUGGAACAAACUUUAGGUCAUCCUUUUCCUACCAACAUUAUCACCAUCAUUCGAGAUCUAACUCUACCGUUUCAACUACUGGCUCCAUAUUUAAGAUCCAUUCUCGGUCUACUUCAGCAAACAGUAGAGGCCUCCAAGAAGCUUUAGAUCUUUUCACAUCUACCGAAUCAAAUCCUACUAUUCCAGAUCCCACAUUCAAAGUGACUCCCAGCUUCUUCGAUAGGCAACCAUCGCCAGAAGGUCCACAAUUACCACCACAAUCGUUAUCUCCGGAGACAUGUGCUGCUUUAGAUGGCCACCAUGGCUUCCAAACUGGGAAAAGUUCAUAUAUUCCCUGUUUUCCAAUGAGCUCCACUCCAAAUCUACAAUCCAAAAGCAAUCCACUCGAUCUAAUUGACUUAGAUGACGAUCCAUAUGAUGUCAUGGAUGAUGUUGAAGAUGAAGCUAUUGGCGAUAACCAAUUUGGAGAAGCUUAUGGUUCUCCUUUGCAGCAGCGCCAGCAAACCAGAAGGAGGCUGGAGCUGAAUGCUCGCAUCAAAAGAAACCUUCACAGAGCCACUUCUCUCAUUAAUUGUUCUCCCAUCACUACCGAUGGUCACAACAAUGAUAAUCACGUUGGUAAUAGCCAGUUUAAUUUCCAUCAACUCGGUGGACCUAUCGAAGAGUGCGAAUUCGAGUCGGAGGCCAGACCUAGGCUCACUAGAUCGGCCACAACUCUAACCUCAGCGGACAAUGAGAAACAACUCCAGGGCAACGGAAACAUCCUGAACCAUGGAAACUCUCUUCUCCCACAUGCACCGCUUAGAACAUUCUAUCCUGAUGGAUGUACACUUCCUCAUAUCACAGUAGACCAGUUCCACGAUCUUUUAGUGGAACAUCAGCAAAAGCAAGGCAAACUUUGCAAUAUGUUUGAUGAAAUGGUUAUUGUAGAUUGUCGAUUCGAAUAUGAAUUUCAGGGAGGACACAUUGAAGGUGCCAUUAACGUUUCCUCCAAGAGCGAACUUGAAGACGCGUUCUUUUUUGAGAGUGUGAUUAAAUGCCCACCUCAGGAGUUUACUGAUCGUAGUCAUAAACUGUUGGUGUUUCACUGUGAAUUCUCGUCGCACAGGGGCCCAUUAAUGGCCAAUAGUCUUCGCAACUGGGACAGAUGCCUGAACAGAGAGAAUUACCCCAACCUAUACUAUCCGGACAUUGUAAUUCUCGAGGGAGGUUACAAGAAGUACUUCGAUAAGUUUGUCUCCAACAACCAUAGCUACGUGGAGAUGCAAGAUCCUCAGUUUAGGGAUGAGUGCGAGAGAGGAUUGGACAAGCUAAGACGCGAUAAUAAGUUGAGUCUUAGCCGCAAGAGUUCGAUUUCGUCUUCACUCGACAUUAGUCUCAGCCGAAAGAGUUCUUACGCUACUUUCAACUCAUCUGUUAGCAGUAACAGCAGCAACUCGAGUACAUCAAGCUCGAUUAGUAAUGCCUCUUCUAGCCUGGGCUUGAAAAGAACUUGCUCAGCUUCUACUACUUCAACCUCUUCUACAUUAUCAUCUCUUGAUUUUGGGAACAGUGCUAAAGUGGACUUUUUGAAGCUGAAGAGAUCGUUGUUUGGUGAGGAUGAUACUAUGGACACCAGCACAGCAAUUUCUGGUAUUCCAUCACCGGAGUUUGGAAUAUUCGGAGGGUUUGGCAACCGGAAAGUUGACUUAGAUAACCUCUGCAGCGAGUCCCCAAUGGGCAAACGCGUGACGCAACCAAACCCAAGUCCCAUCUUUAAGCAGCCUAUGCUUCCACGUCGACUCUCGGGAAGUUCGCGCCAUCGUCGUGCCGAGACCAUCAGUUGCUUUACAUAUGGCAUGAGCGGUUGCCCGAAAACGAAGAAGUUCGAGAGACAUAUAGAUACACCGAUUACGAGGGAACAUAAGUAA